UAGAAGAUGGCAGUGUGGAUCCAGGCCCAGCAGCUCCAGGGAGACGCCCUCCACCAGAUGCAGUCUCUGUACGGGCAACACUUCCCCAUUGAAGUGAGACAUUAUCUCUCCCAGUGGAUCGAGGGCCAACUCUGGGACAGUAUCGACCUGGAGAACCCACAGGAGGAGUUCAAGGCCAAACGCUUAUUGGAAGGUCUGAUUCAGGAGCUGCAGAACAAAGCCGAGCACCAGGUGGGAGAGGACGGCUUCCUGCUCAAAAUCAAACUGGGACACUAUGCCAGCCAGCUCAAGAGCACGUAUGACCGCUGUCCUCUGGAGAUGGUGCGCUGCAUCAAACACAUCCUCUACACCGAGCAGCGGCUCGUCAGGGAGGCCACCAAUUCGAGCUCCCCCAUUGGCAGCCUGAUGGACAGCAUGUCUCAGAAGUACCAACAGAUCAACCAAGCCUUCGAGGAGCUCCGCCGGCUCACCCAGGACACGGAGAACGACCUGCGCAAGCUCCAGCACAAUCAGGAGUACUUCAUCAUCCAGUACCAGGAGAGCCUGCGCAUCCAGGCCCAGUUAUCCAGCCUGGCGACACUGCCCCCUGCUGACCGACAGUUACGAGAACCCCCCCUCCUAACCAAGCGAGCCACGAUGGAAGCCUGGCUGACCAGGGAGGCCAACACACUACAGAAGUACAGACUGGACUUGGCAGAGAAGCACCAGAAAACACUGCAGCUGCUGAGGAAGCAGCAGACGAUCAUUCUGGACGACGAGCUGAUCCAGUGGAAGAGGCGGCAACAGCUGGCGGGCAACGGGGGCCCGCCGGAGGGGGCCAUGGACAUCCUGCAGUCCUGGUGCGAGAAGCUGGCGGAAACAAUCUGGCAGAACAGGCAGCAGAUUCGGAGGGCGGAGCACCUACGACAACAGCUGCCCAUCCCAGGGCCUAUUGAAGACCUCCUGAAUGAGCUCAACAGCACCAUUACAGACAUCAUCUCAGCCUUGGUCACCAGCACCUUCAUCAUCGAGAAGCAGCCUCCACAGGUGCUGAAGACCCAGACCAAGUUUGCCGCCACCGUUCGCCUCCUGGUGGGAGGCAAGCUGAACGUGCACAUGAACCCGCCGCAGGUCAAGGCCACCAUCAUUAGCGAGCAGCAGGCCAAGGCGCUGCUGAAGAACGAGAACACCAGGAAUGACAGCAGUGGAGAAAUCCUCAACAACAACUGCGUGAUGGAGUACCACCAGACCACGGGCACGCUCAGCGCUCACUUCAGGAACAUGUCCUUGAAGCGGAUCAAGCGGUCGGACAGGAGAGGAGCAGAAUCCGUCACCGAGGAGAAGUUCACCAUUCUCUUCGAGUCCCAGUUCAGCGUCGGAGGCAAUGAGCUCGUCUUCCAAGUGAAGACAUUGUCACUGCCGGUAGUGGUGAUCGUCCACGGGAGCCAAGACAAUAAUGCCACGGCCACGGUGCUGUGGGACAACGCUUUUGCCGAGCCAGGCCGGGUUCCCUUCCUGGUGCCGGACAAGGUGAUGUGGCCUCAGCUGUGCGAGGCGAUCAACAUGAAGUACAAGGCGGAAGUGCAGAGCAACCGAGGCCUCUCUGAGGAGAACCUGAUCUUCCUGGCCCAGAAGGCCUUCGGCAGCACCAGCACCAGCGUGGAAGACGACCGCAACAUGGCGAUGACCUGGUCACAGUUUAACAGAGAAAGUUUGCCUGGUAGGAACUUCACAUUCUGGCAGUGGUUUGACGGCGUGAUGGAACUGACAAAGAAGCACCUGAAGCUACACUGGAAUGACGGAGCCAUACUGGGCUUUUUGAACAAGCAGCAGGCUCAUGACACGCUGAUCUCCAAGCCCAACGGCACCUUUCUCCUGCGCUUCAGCGACUCGGAGAUCGGAGGCAUCACCAUCGCGUGGGUCACCGAAAAUCCCAACAAAGCAGGACCUCAGCCUCAAGGCGAGACCAUGGUGUGGAACCUCAUGCCCUACACAAGCAAGGACUUCUCCAUCCGCUCUCUGGCCGACCGCAUCAGUGACCUCAACCACCUGCUGUUCCUCUACCCGGACCGGCCCAAGGACGAGGUUUUCUCCAAAUACUACACCCCUCCGCUCUCCAAGGCGGUGGACGGCUACGUGAAGCCGCAAAUCAAACAAGUGGUGCCAGAGUUUACAACAUCCAAUCCGGAUCCAACCGGUGGGAAUCAAACCUACAUGGACCACAGCGCCUCCCCAGCGGCGAUCAGCCACCCUCACAGCUACGGCAUGUACCCACAAAUGAGCGACUCCAUGCUGGACACGGACGCAGAGUUUGACCUGGACGACACCAUGGACGUGGCGCGGCACGUGGAGGAGCUCCUGCGGCGGCCGGUGGAGGGCCACUGGGGGGGCCAGCAUUCACAACACAAUGACGUGGGUGACUAUCACGUGGGCAAAGACAGGAAGUGCGGUGGCGUUACCUCAGUAAGACACGCCCCCCUCCCGCCGCAGAGGACAUCCUGCGUGUGGGACGGCCCGGCCACUACAUUAGGGUGCGCGCGCACCGGCGUGACCGUGCACGCUCCCACCUCGUCCUCGUCGGCGCGCUCGUGCUCGCGCAGUCUUGAAUUUUGUCCCGCGGAUGCGCGCCAAAGACGAGAAGGCAGCCCGGCACGAGGAAGUGGACUCGUCGUCUCGUCCUGCUCUUCGGAAACUCACGAGCGAGGACAGGACGGGACACACACCGGGGGCACCAACAAGUCCGAACCGCCUUUUUUUGUGGAUGAACAAUGCUGUGACACCGCGGAGCUGCGAACCAUGGCGGGGCUCCACGCUUCUUCGGAUCCGUCGGGACAUUUUCUGGACUUGAGCCGGCCGAGCGCCGCAGCCGCCAUGGCCGCGGGGUUCGGCGGGGACACGGCGGCGCUGCCUCCGGCCGGCACCCGUCCUUACUUGGAGGUGUCCGCCGGCGCUGCCCGGGGCUACGAGGGAGUUUACAGCAACGGCCGCUACCGGGAGCGCAGCAGCCCGACGGCGGGCGCCGGCAGCCGGGAACCGUCCGCGGACAGGAGCCAGGGAGGAGCGAACACACCUUGCGGCAUCAUGAAGGUUGGUGGGCUCAAGGACGGAUCCAAGCAGAGGCAGGUGAGAAAAAAGACGGUCUCCUUCAGCUCGAUGCCGAACGACCGCAAGAUCAACAGCACGGCUGCCUGCAUGGCGUUCAUGAUGGAGGGCUGCGAGAUGAAGAAGGUUCGAUCCAACUCGCGCAUGUACAACCGCUACUUCCUGCUGGAUCCGGACAUGCGCUGGCUCCGCUGGGAGCCUUCCAAAAAGGACUCUGAGAAAGCCAAGCUCGAGAUCAAGAGCAUCAAGGAGGUUCGAUUAGGGAAGAAAACCCCAGUCCUUCGCAGCAACGGUCUCUCCGAUCAGUUCCCAGAUGAAUGCGCUUUCUCAAUCAUCUACGGGGACAACUACGAGUCGCUGGAUUUGGUUGCCAGUACAGCUGAUGUGGUCAGUACCUGGGUGAUGGGCCUGAGGUAUUUAGUGUCUUAUGGCCGACACACCGUGGACAUGGUGGAGCCCAGCCAACCAAGUCUACGGACGUCUUGGAUUAGCUCUGUGUUUGAACUGGCAGAUAUGGAAAAAGAAGGACACAUAGACCUUUUCAGGUCUACUCAGAUUAUCAAGGGGCUCAACCCUGGGAUGAAAGAGUCGAGGAUAGAAUUAAAGUUCAAGGAACUCCAGAAAGAGAAAGACCAAUAUGGCGAGGCGAUUAACAUGGACACCUUUGUCGAGGGCUACUGUGAGCUGUGCACACGGCCAGAAAUUUUCUUCCUGCUCAUGCAGUUCUCAAGUAACAAGGAGUACUUGGGCUGUAAAGACCUGAUGCUCUUUGUGGAGGUGGAGCAAGGUGUAGAAGGUGUAACAGAGGACAUGUGCAGAGAUAUGGUUCUUAAGUACGAACCAUCCGCCGAAGGCAGAGAUAAGAUUUACCUCUCCAUCGAUGGCUUUACACACUACCUCCUCUCCUCUGAGUGCCACAUCUUCGAUCCUCAGCACAAACGUGUGUGCCAGGAUAUGACUCAGCCCAUGUCCCACUACUACAUCAACUCUUCACAUAAUGCCUCCCUCCUGGAAGACCACUUCUGGGGUUCAUCAGACAUCAGCAGUUACAUUCGUGUUCUCAGAAUGGGCUGUCGGAGCAUCGAGGUCAUUGUGUGGGAUGGCCCUGAUAACGAGCCAGUGGUGUAUGUAGGUAGUUCUGUGGCCACACAGCUAGUGUUCUCCAAGGUUCUGGAUAUCAUCAACCAAUAUGCCUUUGAGAGCUCUGAGUAUCCCCUCCUUCUCUGCUUAGUGGCUCAUUGCUCCAUCCCACAGCAGAGGGUCAUGGCCCAACACAUGAAAAAAAUUCUGGGUGACAAGCUAUUUGUUGAUUCCCCUAACAAAGACGAACAUUACCUACCCUCUCCUGAGAAUCUCAAAGGUAAAAUUCUCCUCAAGGGUAAGAGACUAGAGCCUAGCUGCAAUGAACCUGAAGGGGAUGUGACAGAAGAGGAUGAAGGUCUAGAAAUGUCCAGAAGGGUAGAGGUAGAUGACCGCGACCAUCUUAAUGGCUUGGGUUGCAAAAGGCUCAGGUUGUGUAAAGAGCUCUCUGAUCUUGUCUCCCUCUGUAAGUCAGUUCAGUUCAUGGACUUUGAGACCUCAAAAAGGGACCAAAAAUACUGGGAGAUCUGCUCCUUCAACGAGGUCGACGCAAACAGGUUUGCCAAUGAGUUCCCGGAAGAGUUUGUCUGCUACAACAAACGCUUCCUCUCCAGAGUCUACCCCACUCCGAUGAGGAUUGACGCCAGCAACAUGAACCCCCAAGACUUCUGGAAGUGUGGCUGCCAGAUUGUGGCAAUGAACUACCAGACACCCGGCCUGAUGAUGGACCUAAACCUCGGCUGGUUCCGUCAAAAUGGCAACUGCGGGUAUGUGUUGCGACCGGCCAUCAUGAGAGAAGAGGUGUCUUACUUUAGUGCCAACGCUCGGGAUUCUUUGCCUGGGGUGUCCGCGCAGCUCCUUCACAUUAAGGUCAUCAGUGGGCAGAACCUACCUAAGCCCCGCGGCUCUGCAGCUAAGGGCGACGUGGUGGAGCCUUACAUAUACGUGGAGAUUCAUGGCAUUCCAGCUGAUUGUGCCGAGCAAAGAACCAAGACCAUGUCCCAAAACGGCGACAACCCCAUUUUUGACGAGAGCUUUGAAUUCCAGAUAAACCUACCCGAACUGGCAGUCUUGCGCUUCGUGGUUCUGGAUGAUGACUACAUAGGGGAUGAGUUCAUUGGCCAGUACACCAUUCCCUUUGAAUGCCUACAGCCGGGCUAUAGGCACGUCCCUUUACAGUCUCUGACAGGCGAAUUCCUACCCAACACCACACUGUUUGUCCAUGUAGCCAUCACUAACAGACGGGGUGGAGGGAAGGCCCACAAGAGAGGUAUAUCCGUCAUGAAGGGGCGGAAGGCACGGGAGUACACCAACACCAAGACCACUGGGAUCAAAGUGGUGGAUGAACUUUUCAGAGCUUCUACGCAGCCGCUGAGAGAGGCCACAGACCUUCGAGAAAAUGUACAGAAUGCUGUGGUGUCCUUCAAGGAGCUCUGUGGCCUGACGCCUGCGGCCAACAUGAAGCAGUGCAUCCUGACCGUGUCCACCUGGCUGAUGAACAGCGAGCGCCCCCUGCAGGUGACGGUGGACCUGAGCGAGACCUACCCCACCAUGGAGGCUCAGGGACUUGUGCCCGAGCUGCUGCGCAAAGUUCUCAAUGCCUACGACAUGAUGAUUCAAACCAGCAGAACCCUGAUCGAGUCCGCUGAUGUGGUCUACUCCAAGCUGAUGCAAGCACAGCGUGCAGGUCUUGACUUCCACGAGGACCUCCAUCGCAUCGGAGCAAAGGAGGGUCUGAAAGGUCGUAAGCUCCAGAAGGCGAUGGAGAGCUACGCUUGGAACAUCACGGUGCUUAAGGGCCAGGCGGACCUGUUGAAGCACGCCAAGAACGAGGCCCUGGACACCGUGCGUCAGAUCCACUGUGCGGCUCAGUCCUGUGGCCUCAGUAAGAACGGCGCCUCCUCCCCACAGCCGCAGCCCCACCUUCUUCAACAGCACCACCACCCCCUGCAGACCCAGCAGCAACAACCUCAGACCAAGACCCCUCCAAUGAUGCCCCAGUCACAGACUCCAACCCAAACCGGACCUCCUCAAUCCCCGCUGACGCCCCUCCCUCUCCUUCAAAGUCUCCCGACACCACCAGCUUACAACCCUCCCCCGGACCUGCCCCAGUUCCAGAGAGCAGCCGGACCUCUGGACUCCAUCUUCGAGAAGGAGGCGUUCGGCCGUGAUCCGGCGGGAACCUGCUGACCCUUAGCCUGUGCCCACAGAGGUGACAAGGGGACGAAGGAGGGAGAAAGUAGGAAAGGAGCGGCGGGUGGGGACGGUGAAGAAAGGAUGACGGAGGACGGAGUCAACCAGAUGAUCAUGAGGAUGAUGGCGAGGAAGAGUCGGCGCGUAAGAAGCGAGACGCAAGUGUGAAAGGUCAGAGUUGCAGAGAGAGCUGAAAAAGACGACAAGACAAGGUCGUCCGCUGUUACACAUUUGCAUGUGAUUGACAGGUACAAGUCAUCCUUUUAGCCCACGUCCACACGGAUACACAUACAGUACAUCAACCAAGGGUUUGCACUCUUUUUAAUCCAUCGUGAGUGUUCGAAAAACUCCAAUCCAAAAGUUCGGAUCGUGAAGAAAAAAAAUAAUCCAUUUGGCUCCAGUAGUUUUACCAAAAACGUUAAAACAGGGGUGUCAAACUCAAAUACAGAGUGGGCUAAAAUUUAAAACUUAACAAAGGUUGAACAAAUGAACCUUUUAAUUUGGACCCAAACAAGUUUUGCAUUGAACAUUGAACAAGCAAGGCUUAUAUAACUUUUUUUCCAGUUCCAAAUAAUAAUAAUUAAAAAAAUAUCAUUGACAUAUCAAAUCAAAUUUAAAUACAAAUGUAAUGCCUCUUUUCUAUUUGAAGCCUUCUGAGGUAAAUAUCAAAAUAUAUUGUAGCGUCCCGAAAGAGUUAGUGCUGCAAGGGGAUCUGGGUAUUUGUUCUGUUGUGUUUAUGUUGUGUUACAGUGCAGAUGUUCUCCCAAAAUGUGUUUGUCAUUCUUGUUUGGUGUGAGUUCAGUGUGGCGCAUAUUUGUAACAGUGUUAAAGUUGUUUAUACGGCCACCCUCAGUGUGACAUGUAUGGCAUUUACUUACGUGUGUGUAAUAAUUAUGCCACACGCUGUUUGUAUGGAGGAAAUGCGGACGUGACGACAGGUUUUAGAGAAUACUAAAGGCAGUGCCUUUAAGGCACGCCCUCAAUAUUGUUGUCCGGGUGAAAAUCGUGAGAAUGCUUGCUUGCCUCGGGAGCGGCACUGAACUUCGAGAGGAUUGGCAAAUGUGAAAAAUUGCGGUGUUACAGCCAGGGGCGCCGAAAAGUGAGGGUAAAGGAGACUGAUUCUAGGGGCCCAUGAUGGAGGGGGGCCCAGAGAGGCCCCUAAUGAUGAUGAAAUGAUGUGUUGGGGGCCCUGUAAAGAUUAUUUUCAUGGGUACCAAAAUCCCUAGCGGCGCCCCUGGUUACAGCAGCACCGCUGCUGUGUAAUAAUGUUAAUUUGAUAUUGCCUCAAGGGCCAAAUUAAAUUACACGGCGGGCCAAGUUUGCCCCGCGGGCCAGAGUUUGACACCCAUGUUGUAAAAGGUAAAAUAUGUGCAGAGUAAAAACAAAUUUGGGUAACACCUAGGGGUGUAACGGUACACACAAAUUUUGGUUCGGUACAUUGGGGCGGUAUAGCUCGGUUGGUAGCAACUUGAGUGUUGCAGGUUCGAUUCCCGCUUCCGCCAUCCUAGUCACUGCCGUUGUGUCCUUGGGCAAGACACUUUACCCACGUACCCCCAGUGCCACCCACACUGGUUUAAAUGUAACUUGGAUAUUGGGUUUCGCUAUGUAAAGCGCUUUGAGUCACUAGAGAAAAGCGCUAUAUAAAUAUAAUUCACUUCACAUACCUCGGUUCAGAGGUCACGGUUCGGUUAGUUUUCGGUACAGUAAGAAAACAACAAAAUAUCCAUUUUUUGGGGUUAUUUAUUGACCAAAUUUGCUAAAUCUUCCACCAAAAAUAUUUUUCUCAGUGGAAUAUUUGAUGUGAAGUAAUGGGAACCUUGGAGAAGUCAAUAAUUCAUAAUAACAUUAAUCUAUACGUGUUAAACAUUCUUGUAUUAUUAUUAAACACCUUUAACUUGUUAAUAAAAACGUCUAUAUACGAAUGAGUUAGAUCCCCUCGACUUGGUCAAUUGAAAAGUAGCUCGCCUGCAGACAAAGUUUGGCCACCCAUGCUGUAGUUCAGGGGUCGGGAACCUUUUUGGCUGAGAGAGCCAAGAAGCCACAUAUUUGAAAAUGUAUUUCUGUUAGAGCAUGUAAUAUAUUUUUUUUAACACUGAACACAAUUAAACGCUUGCAUUUUUAAGUAAGACCAACAUUUCUAGGGUAUAAUAAGUAAAUAUAAAUAAAUAAAAUUGUUGUUCUGAAGCUAACUGUGGAGGGGGCGUGGCCUGCGGGACUGCAGCGAAGCGGGGUGUUGCCAGGAUUGGCCUCGAAAUCAGGGACAGGUGCGCAGAUGGACCACCUGGGCCUUGUUAUUUAAUCACCUGUCGCUCUGUUAUAAGCAGCAGCCAGGAGGAGAGACGGGUUUGGGGCUGGAGCCAGAGUGCGAGCGAGAACAAAAGAGAAAAAGACAAUUGCUAGAAAGCAACUGAGAGACGUAUUGAAAAAUAAAACUAUAUUGUAACCCUGAAACAGACUCUCAAGUCAGUGCUUGGUGGUCUGAAGAACCCCCAGGAGGGCAAGCCCCACACUAACAAAUAAUGAAUAAAUAACUUCUUACUAUUAACGCAACUUCUUGAACAGGUGUGGUAGAAAACGGAUGGAUGGAUUAAAAAAAAGCACGAGAAUGUUUUAUAUUUUGAACAUUAUUUUUAACACUGUGAUUACAAGUGGAAUUAUUCAUUACUUAUCGCGUCAUGCAAUGUCAGCUCAGGUUUACCUGAGAGCCGGAUGCAGUCAUCAAAAGAGCCACAUCUGGCUCCAGAGCCAUAGGUUCCCUACCCCUGCUGUAGUGUAAUGCCCAUAGCUAAAAGCAACUGCGUGAGAACGUAUACUGGAAUAUCACGAUAUAGUCAUUUUCUAUAUCGCACAGAGACAAACCCGCGAUCUGUCGAGUAUAUCGAUACAUCACCCAGCCCUAACUGUAGUUCCAGUCCUAGAAAAUACGGUGUGGCCUCUGACACUGCAGGUCAUCGAAAAUCAGCAAAAUUGCAUGGCACAACAUUAGAGGGUUUCUUCGAGCCAAGAGCCAGCUGUCGAUUUGCAUCUCAAACAGAAGCAUUGAUACUUUGAGGACAAUGGUGUCCUAAUUCCGCAUAGGGACUAUCGCUGUUUUUAAUAGAGGUGAGAAUGCAGCCAUCGAUGUUAAACCUGUCGUCCGCCUACAAGAAUGUCCUGGCUACUAAAGACUGUCUCGUUCUUCGGGAGGAGGAGCCAGUAAUGAGUUGUUUUUGCCCGCUGGAUGCUGACCACUCGAAAUGCUUCAAAAAUAAAACACUGCCAUCCUUUGGAGCUAAUAUAAAACAUACAUGAGAUGGUCGGCGAUAGCUGUUAUGCAAAUUUUUGGGGUCGACCCGUUUCUAAUGAGAGACUCUAGUACAGGGGUCGGCAACCCAAAAUGUUGAAAGAGCCAUAUUGGACCAAAAAUACAAAAAAAAAAGUCACUGAUUCAUAAUAACAUUGAUUUUGGUUCAAUAUUAUAGAAUAGAAUAGAAUAGAAUAGAAAGUACUUUAUUGAUCCCUGGGGGAAAUUCAGCACUACAGUUCGCUCACAAUAAACAAGAAUAAUAAUAAAUAAUAUAAUGUAUAUAAUAUAUUAUAUAUAUAUAUAUAUAAUAUAUAAUAAUAA